UUACUCCAUGGACAAAUCCACUGUCACUCAGCUUGCCAAGUUAGCGGCGUUAUUUUUGUUAUAUCUAUCGUUAGCGAAUAUAAAUGAACACUGAGAGAAAUACAGUUACUUAUUUUUGCAGCAACGCCACGGAAGAGUUGCGUGACUGAGCCGUAGUUACUUUUUAAAAGCCACUCACAGCUGCUCUGGGGGGCGGAGUGUCUGCAAAGUGCUGCGCCGAUUGGGGCGCUCGAUCGGGGGAAGAGAGAUGGCGUGCUUGUUGGAGGCCCCUCUCCGCAUCAGUGUGCUAUCUGAAGUCACUGCCACCAGUCGUCAUUAUGUGGACCGACUGUUCGACCCCGACCCACAGAAAGUACUGCAGGGAGUCAUUGACAUGAAGAAUGCCGUCAUCGGAAACAACAAGCAGAAAGCAAAUCUAAUUGUCCUUGGAGCUGUUCCGAGGUUAUUAUACCUGCUUCAGCAGAGCUCAUCCAGUCUAGAGCUACGAACAGAAUGUGCUGUAGUUCUGGGCAGCCUAGCCAUGGGCACCGAAAACAACAUCAAGUCCCUGGUGGACUGUCACAUCAUCCCUGCUCUUCUCCAAGGUUUGUUGUGUCCAGACCUGAUCUUCAUUGAAGCUUGUCUUCGAUGUCUCAGAACGGUUUUCAUCAGUCCAGUCACCCCUGUGCAGCUGCUUUACACUGACUCCACUGUGAUUCCCCACCUAAUGUCUCUACUGAGCCGCUCACAAAGAACACAAGAGUACAUCACACAGAUCUUCUCCCACUGUUGUAAGACCCCAGAGCACCAGACGGUUCUUUUCAACCACGGCGCCAUCCAGAACAUUGCUCCUCUGCUUAUCUCCCCCUCUUAUAAGGUCCGGAUGCAGGCGUUAAAGUGUUUCUCAGUGCUGGCCUAUGAGAACACUCAGGUCUCCAUGACACUAGUGAAUGUGCUGGUGGACGGUGAGCUGCUCUCUCAGGUAUUUGUCAGAAUGAUGCAAAGGGAUCAACCCAUUGAAAUGCAGCUAACAGCAGCCAAAUGUUUAACAUACAUGUGUCGAGCAGGUGCCAUCAGGACAGAUGACAGCUGCAUAGUCCUAAAGACUUUGCCAUGCCUGGUGCGAAUGUGCAGCAAAGAGCACCUGCUGGAGGAGCGAGUAGAGGGUGCGGAGACACUAGCCUACCUGAUGGAACCUGAUGUGGAACUGCAGAGGAUUGCCAGCACCACUGACCAUCUGGUGUCCAUGUUAGCUGACUACUUCAAGUACCCCAGCUCUGUGUCUGCUAUCACUGACAUCAAGAGGCUGGACCAUGAUCUGAAACAUGCACAUGAGCUGAGACAAGCUGCUUUCAAACUUUACGCCUCAUUAGGCUCCAAUGACGAGGAUAUUCGAAAAAAGAUUACAGAAACUGAGAACAUGAUGGACAGGAUAGUCAGUGGUCUAUCAGAAUCCAGCAUCAAAGUCCGUCUGGCUGCUGUCAGGUGUCUUCACAGUCUUUCACGAUCAGUGCAGCAGCUUAGGACCAGCUUCCAUGACCAUGCAGUGUGGAAACCUCUCAUGAAGCUGUUGCAGAAUGCCCCAGAUGAAGUCCUGGUAAUGGCCUCUUCUACACUAUGCAACCUACUGCUGGAGUUUUCACCCAGCAAAGAGCCCAUCCUGGAAUCAGGGGUAAUAGAAUUACUAUGCAGUCUGACCCAGAGUGACAGUCCUGCACUGAGGGUCAAUGGAAUCUGGGCACUAAUGAACAUGGCUUUCCAAGCAGAUCAGAAGGUGAAAGUGGAGAUUGUUCGAUGUUUGGGUACAGAACAGUUGUUUCGCUUGUUGUCAGACCCGGACACCAAUGUAUUGAUGAAGACUCUGGGUUUGCUGCGUAAUCUACUGUCAACACGCCCACACAUAGACCAGAUCAUGAGUUCCCAUGGAAAGCAGAUCAUGCAGGCAGUGACCUUAAUCCUGGAAGCAGAACACAGCAUUGAGGUCAAAGAGCAGACAUUGUGUAUUCUAGCUAACAUUGCUGAUGGCAACACAGCCAAGGAACUCAUCAUGACUAAUGAUGACAUGCUCCAGAAAAUCAAAUACUACAUGGGGCAUUCGAAUGUGAAGCUGCAGCUUGCUGCCACGUUCUGCAUCUCAAACCUUAUCUGGAAUGAGGAAGAUGGUUCUCAGGAGCGUCAGGACAAGCUGAGGGAAAUGGGCUUUGUGGACAUCUUGCACAAACUCACCCAGGCCUCUGACCCCAACCUCAGUGACAGGGCAAAGACGGCAAUGCAGCAGUACCUAGCGUGACUACAGUGGGGAGAGAUCCUCUACUACCAGCCUAUCAGUUGUUGGGAGGACACCUGCAGUUGGUUCUUUUGUUUUAUGUUUUGUUUAAUCUUGAAGUUUGUUUUGUUGCACAAUGACACCCUUUUUGGAACUGUGGCCGGCCUCCCUUCAGCUCACCCACCACCUGAUAUCACCACCUUAACCCAGCCUCAAAACUUGAGCUCACUCCAAACUUUCACCCUGGAGACUCUGAGACCGUGGUUGUUGGGAAAUCAACGGUUAGGAGGAUUUCACUCUUUUUUUCUUUCUUUUUUUUCCCUCAACAAUGAAGUGAACUUUUUCCUUGUGGGACUUUGUGAUUUGAAAUUUGCUCUUUUGUUUUGUUUUUUGUUUUGUUUUGUUUUGUUUUUUUGUUCUUUUUGAGUGCAGCAGCCCUGUCGGCAGGAAGCCUUGGUGCUUUUGGACUCCCGGUAGAGGAGACUCAGCUUUCAGAGACUCGGACUUCAUGGUCUGAUAAGAGCCAAGUUGUUGGACAGCAAAGCCUUCUGGUUUUAUUUUUUUAAUUUUUAAUUAAUUAAUGUUUCCUUAAGGUGUCACAAAUAAGGACAUAUUUGGAAAAACACAGACUGCCUAUUUUGAAAAUUUGGGUGUUUUCUUUUUGUGGAUACAUACCUCGUAAAUAUAUAAAUAUAUAUAAAUAUAAACAUAAAUAUAUAUUUUUGGAUUUUUAUUUUCCCCUGACCCUCUGUUGGGUUUCAUUCAUCCUCUUUUAUCCAUGAUUCUUGGCACAGUAGAGUGAAUCCACUGUGGUCCGAUGCAACUAUGUAUUUGACUGAACAUGGUCUAUAGGGAUGAAUAGGUUGAAGAAAUAUAAUUUCCUUUUUUUUUUUUUUUCUUCACUGUUGUGGUUCUACGUACACUGGAGCCUGUCACUUCUGUCAAUUUGUGCUUAUAAUCCCAAUGGGAAAUGUAGUUUCAGAGUUGAUAGUACUUACUCUGACCUACCUGGUAUCUAAUUAACAGGCAUGAGUGCACAGUGUACACCGGAGGAUGCAUGUAUCCUCACACUUCUACUGAAUACAACUAAAUGUUCUCAUUUUUUCUGAAUUCUUUGCAGCACCCUUCUAUUUCUGCUUGUCAAAAGGGAUAAGUGAAAUUUUUCCAAGCUCCAGCGUUUAUUUUCUUCAGUGUGUUUGAGAACCAAACAAGGACAGAGUAGAUUUGAGGAUAAAAGACAAUUUGAGACUGGUCCCUGCAGGGUAAGGCACUAAGUGCAUCUAUAGCAACAGAGUAAAGAGCUACAUCGUGUUUUAUCCCUCUAAUAUAUUAUUUCUUCUCCUGUCAGGAUAUUUCUUGAGUGUUGUUAUCUGACAUUUCAAACCUUCCUGAAGCUCUGAUAGAAUGAAUGUUACUAUUGAAAAUAUAUGCAGACCUGAAGAAGGAUAUUAUGUGUUGUGUCUUAUUUCUCAGUUAGGAAAAAUCCUGUUUAACUUGAGAGUUUUAUUUCACUUAGUAAACUGGAUAAAGACAAGAUUGUGGGGUUACUUCAAGAAGUGCUAAUGUCUCAUUAGUUUUAGUAACUGUUCUGUUACUUUACCACAGCUCAUAGGAUUGGCACAGGAGUCUGAGAUCUUAGAAAACAACACUUUUUAUUGUUGUACAGUAUGUAAUCCUGGUAAAUUUUUAUGUAACAGCAGUCUUUAAUAAAAUACAUCUGAAACUCAA